AUGGAGGAACACCUGUUCAGUUAUGAAAACAUAUUUAGAAACAAGGACCUAAAUAUUGAUAAGGAAAUAAGGGAGAAAAAUCAGAAGGAAAAACGAUCAUCUGUUCAUGAUUCGAAUGUGUCUCCUGAGGAUGGAGACCAGAAGGAAGAGUCCCCACAUGCUUUUGCUAAUAAUAAAUGGAUAAACGAACCCGAGGAGGACAGCUCUUCUUGCAUCCAAUCGGGUGCAGCCGAUGAAAGUAAAAAAGGGGAGAGGGAUGAUACAAGUGCAUGGGGAGAAGGAAGGCCCAGCGAGCCCGUGGAAGAGGCAUCAACGGAAGUGAUUAGCAUGACGCACGCGGCGCACACCCGGGGAGAGCGGCAAGACGCCACCCUUCACACGAACAGCCAAACGAAACCCCAAUACAAGAAGAAAAUAAAAAACGACGUAUCGUCCCUUUUUGCAUAUUCGUCCUCAGACAUGAUGAUGAUGAGCCCAGCAAGGCAACCAUCCCAUGACAACAAUGAAAUUAAUUUUUGGUACUCUGGUAAAGGGGCCACGCCAGGUGGGGAAGCGGACGGGAUAGCGAACGGGACAGCGAACGGAGAACACCACGCGCACGACCAUAGGUUGGCGACCCCACUUGGUCAUAAGCAGGAUGGCGCAACCAACGUGAAAUGUAAUAGGGGCGAGUAUGGGCGCACCUGUGGAAUACAAGACGAUGCAACUUGUGUUGACGCUUUUCCUGCUGGUUGUAAUGAGGAAAAACAGAUUCGCAGUGACGGGGGUGACAUACCCAAUUGGACGCCUCAAGGGGGUAGUAGUGACCUGGUGAGGGAUGUAAGGAGUUCGGGUCGAUGCAAAAAUGGGCCUAGUGAAGAAAGUGGUAAUGCCACUGCCCUGUGCUUCGGAACGAACGGGACCCUUUUCUACACAAGGGGGAGAAAGGUGAAAUUCGCACCUCUGAUCUACAUUAUGGAGAGCGGCAUUCGGGCUGCGAGGUUGUCUUCGCGUACCCAUGCGGGAGGAACCACCCCCCCCUCAAGUCACACUUCCGCCAAACAUAGUAACAGAAGUGGCAUUCGAGAUAACAAGCUAGAGGAACAAGUGUACGCGAUAAAAGAAUUCCCUGGCCCAUUUAGCAGGAGAAAUGACAAGGUGGAUAAGAAGGUAAUUAAUUUCCUGCAUGGUCAUAUAAAAUUAAAUGAAAAAAAAUAUGGGAAUAAUGUAUAUGAGUACACACAGAAGAGUUGCCUUUACAAGUACCUUCUAAAUGUGAUGAAGAGUCCUCACAUGCUAAAUUUUAAUUUAAAGGACGUGCGUGUUGAUAGGAGCGGUGCAAAGACAGAUGGGAUGGAGAAGCGAAAAAAUGUUGUGUCGUACUUUUUGGAGUCGUCGCGUCACCAGGGGGAUGGCCUCCUCAGCAGGAAUAGCUACCCAAGUGGUAGAAAAAGUGAUCAUCCUAAGUGGAGCGACAACUGGAGUGGAGACCUCCGCGUAAGCGAAAACAACCCACGAGAGGAGUCAGGGGAUCACUACCAAAACAGAAGAGACAACAACUCCUCCCAUAUUGGUCAAAAGCGUUCAUUGCACAAUAAAAAAAUUGUGAUGGAAGAAUUUGAAAUAACAGGAAGAGAGAAAGAAAAGCGAGACGACUACCCCGGUGUAGGAGACAUGCACCAUCACGAUAAGGAUCUGUACCAAGGGGAUGAUGUUAGUUGGAGUACAAGUGCUUAUUGUGGACAAGUGCCAUCGUUCAACGAAGACGUAACAUGGUGUGAUACAAAUGCAUGUGACGGGAAGAAGAAAAAGAAGAAGAGGGUGUUUGUACACAACCAACAAUACGAAUUCAAUGAUGUGGUCGACCCACACUUCAUCCAGGCAUUCUCCAAAAUGGGUACCAAAGAAAAAAUCACAACAGAAGACAUAUACCUAGAGUAUUACCACCUGUGCAUAUAUAACAGUGAAAAGGCAGCGAGGAUAUGCGUGGAGAAUAACUUAUUCAAACAUUUCUUUUUAAUUUUAAAAAAAUACAAUGAUCACAAGUACAGACUAAUGCUUAGCAAGUACAUAAGUCAUAUGAACAACAGUAUGGACCACGACAUGGACAUGAAUGAUGGAGUGAAAAAUAUUUUUCGUAUUUAUAACCCUAGUGUCCACAACAGAAUUGUUAAAGAAGCUUUUGUUUUUUUAAUUUCUUUACUAAAUCGGGAAAGCAUGACGUUUGAGCAAAAUGUUCUUAUCCAUUAUUGGUAUUCUUUUUAUGUGCUGAUUUAUCACAACUUCCUCUUUCAAUUUGAAGAGAAUGAAUUAGAUUACGAAGAGUACAAGGGUGACAUUUGCAAAUUUUUUUCCUUUUUAAUAAAACAGUUGUAUGUGCAUGGACGUGUGACUGAGUCUCAAUUUUUGUACCUCCAGUUGUGUGGCAAUCCGUGCGUUUUUAAAGUGGCCGCGGAGGGCGACACCGCCGCUACCUCGUUGGAGUCAUCUGCAGUGGAGUCAUCUGCAGUGGAGUCUUCUGCAGUGGAGGAGAGACGCGAAUCGCAGACACGCGAAUGGCAGACACGCGAAUGGCAGACACGCGAAUGGCAGACACGCGAGUGGGGCAGACACCACUUUGACGUGUUCACCUUCCAGAUGUGCGAAGUGAUAGAGUACCUCAACAGGUCCAAUGAGGACAACUUCUUCUACGAAGAUCUAAUAAGACACAAAAUCAAUUACGCCUUUACCCUCUUAGAAUUAGGGGUUCUAGAGCAAGCUAAAAAGUAUAUUGAAAUUAUAUACUACUAUGUGGAUGUAAUACGAAGUCAAAAAAAAAAAAAUUAUGACCUGGUACACAUGUAUGAGUCAUUACUUAAUCAGGCCAAGUAUGUUUUGCCAUCUGUUCGUUUGCACAAUGGGGGCACUGUCCCCACCAACUGGACUACCCUCAAGGAUGAAGACCUUCCCGAGGGGGGUAUAUACAAUUAUAAAGUUAUUUCACCCCAUAAAGAUGUGCAGAACAAGGGGUCAGCGGUUCAUGUGGGCAGGAGCGCUCCUAUUGAGGGUAAUAGGGCUCAUAAUCAUGUAGGCGAUGGUGCUACCUCGGUGCCCCCCCCAAAUGAACAAAUCAGUGAAGAGAAAAAUGGGUCUCGUGAGGGAGGAGACCCCUACUACUGCGUACCUUUUUACCAACAGCCUAACGACAAUAAUGUUGCGAGGACUCCAUUCGAAGCGAAGAAUUCAAAUAGGUUCAACACAGAUCAUGUGGGUUCUACUCACCAAGGAGCAAUAACAGGAAGAAUCUCAAACUCGGUUACAACUAAUCCUGCUUCACCACCACACAAAAGUGCAACACUGACUGCGCAUCAGGAUGAAUACAACGAGAGGGCUGGAAAUUACUCUCCUUUUAAUUUCCCUCCGACACCACAUAGCGUUGAUGCUAACACAGGUCAGUCAAACAUGCACAACCAUGUGUGGAACGACAGGAUGAGCAUCCCCUCUGUCGCAAAUUCUCCGUACCAAACGAAUGAUCAAAAUUCAUUUUUAUCUAGCUACCACCCACCACAAAUGGUUACCCAUGGACAAGGACCACAGUACAACCCUGUGGAAAGGGGCGGCAUCGCCUACCAGCAGUACAAUGGUGCUUACCAAAAUGAAGGAGGUCAAGUGAGUUACUUCUACCGGGGGAGAGAAUCCAUGGAGGAAGGUAUGCGAACGAGUCACAUGCCUGAUGGCGGUAACUCCACUUCCAUGUCUUCCAACCACAUUAGCAACGCGUGUGAUGGUGGGUACAAUAUGAACUGGGGCGGAGACCACGGAGUUGGGGGUAGCCAAUAUGAUGGAGGGGUGAGCAGCUCCGUGAGCCAGGACAAUUACGCUUACUACUACAAUGCGAGUUGGCACGUGGCGUACCCAGACGGGGGAUCGUUCAAUCAGGCGACCCAUCACGCACUGCAGCAGGGGAGCCACCAAAAUGCUUAUCCCCCAAGCAGCAACAAUUACCCCGCAGGGGGAAGCGUGCCCUAUGGAGGGGGUUACGCCAAUCCACCUGAACAGUCAGGUAAAAGUGCACCACCUGAACAGUCAGGUAAAUGUGUACCUCCUGACCAGUCAGGUAAAAGUGGACCCCCCGAAGUAACUGAAAAAAAAACACAAAGCGAAAAAAAAAAACAAGAGGAUGAACCGCGUGCAGAAAGCAACAUGGAUCUAAUCAACAUAGGGAAGACCUUCAUUUCAGGAUUCUUCUCAAACAUAAAGGAGAAAAUAAAAAAGGUAGAACAAGCAGAAGAGGAGGAAGAGGAAAACAUUUUUUAUUAUGACUACGAGAAGAAGCGCUGGAGGGAGAAGGGGGUGACGUCGGACGAGGAGGAAGAACGAGAGCGCCAGAAAAUGCAACGCGAAAUGGAAAUUAAAAAUGUCGCCCCUCCCCCCCAGACGGAGAACUCUUCGCAGACGAACAAGAAAAACCCUCUGGACAUAAAGGACGUGCGGAGUAGGUACGUCGACUACUUCAACUGA